AUGGGCGAUCGCUCUCCAAGACAAGAUAGCCACAGGUCGCGUUCAAAAAAGCACGACAGGAACAGGGAGCCAAGAGACGGCGCCGAAGGCCGCAAAAGAAAGCAUCGGGAAGAAGACACAGAGAGAGGCAGCAGUUACCGAACACGAUCUCGCGAGCGCGGACAUAGACGGCGCUCAAGGUCGCCAACAGGUCGGGAUUUCUCAAGAGACAGGGAUAGAGACAGGGAAAGGAGAAGGGAAAGGGACGGCCACAGAGAUCGGGACCGAGAUCACCGCAGCCACAGGGACAGAAGUGCGGAACGAGACAGCAGGAAGCGACGCGACGAUGGCGACUCGGAUAAUGGCGGCAGAGACCGUCGGAGGCGCCAUCGUAGUUCAGAGGGUCGACAUUCACCCUCACGGCCGAGCCCACCGCGCGAGGCAAGGUCGGAUAGCCAGCGAAAUCUUGUCAAACAUCGUGGCCCCUUGCCCUCCCAGGAUGACUCUUUUGCAGUCAGUAACGGCGGCGAGCCUGAGAAGCCCAAGGAAAAGCCCAACUUUGGCAACUCGGGCGCCCUGGCUGCUGCUUCCAACUCGGUGACCCAAGCGGACGGAACGACCAUCACCCUAAAGUACCAUGAACCAGCAGAGGCACGGAAACCUUCACCACGUGACGAGUGGAAGCUGUUUGUUUUCAAGGGCGAAGACAUUGUUGAUACUAUCGAUCUUGGCAGUCGCAGCUGCUGGCUAGUUGGGAGGGAGCAAGCCGUCGUCGAUCUUCUUGCCGAACAUCCAAGCAUCAGCAAGCAGCAUGCCGUUAUUCAGUUCCGAUACGCCGAGAAGCGGAACGAGUUUGGCGACAAGAUUGGCCGGGUGAAACCAUACCUGAUAGACCUCGAGAGCGCCAAUGGUACCAUGCUCAACGGCGACAAGGUCCCAGAGAGUCGCUAUUUGGAGCUACGGAAUAAGGACAUGGUUCAGUUCGGCUCCAGCACCAGGGAAUACGUCCUCAUGCUUGCGCCAAGGGCAUAA